UUUGACACUGCUGGUAUCAGAGUAGUGUGUUCCUGGAAAGUGUGUGUAUCUGUAUUUAAUGUUGGGCUUUUUGUCUUUGUAGUGUUAUUAUGAUUUGUUAGAGUAGAUGGGUUGUUGAAAGAGAUGCAGGGUGGGACGAAUUCUUAACUGGACGUUUUUCUCUCUCGUCCGGUUAUUAUGGAGCAGCCACCUGGGAGCUUAGAUGAGCUACAGCCUCAAGACCUCACCACCUCCAGUGUCCCCACUGUGAUUGACCUGACCAGGAAAGGCGAAGAUCGUGUCCUUAACAGCACGUCCCUUGAUGCUCUGCGGAUGGUCAAGAGCCCCGGCUGGUACCCAAACUCUGGCACCAGCAACCCCGGAUUACCCUUCUCAGAGACUGGCUCCUCUGACACAACUCUUCAAUCAGGGGAUCAAAUUCAACCAGACAAUGCCUUCUCCCACACUACAGUCACCCUCUCCUACGUGAGCAGGUCUCAUGUCUUCUCCACUCACGACUCCCUGCCUCGCCAUUCGCCUCUGUAUGAUGUGCCGCCUAUUAGCAAGUUGUCCCACCAUCCUCCUUGUGACUCAGAUGAAGGGCUUGGGGAUACUGGCUAUGCACUGAACCAGCAGUACUUGGAGCAGCUUGAUGGGCCUGGAGACCUCGCCACUCAGACAGAACUUUUUCAGUCAUUGUCUCAGGCUCAUGUGGGACCAGAGAACAAUGGGGGAGUAUGUCCAACGCAGGGGCCUCAGGAGUUCACGAGUGGAGUCAUUUCAAGCGACUGGGAUAAGCAUGUAAAAGGCGAAGAGAAACACAGCCUUUCUCUGGAAAUGAGUCAGGGUUUGCAGAAUGGACAGGCUGAUAGCUGUUCGAGUUUAGGAGUAUGUGCUAAAUCCUCACCGGAGACACUCACCCCUGCCACAGGGGAGGACGAGGAGAGGAGAGGCUCUGAGGUGCUAUUUCUCAUGUCUAAGAAACAGGACUUGGUGGUCGUCCCAGACAUUGUGAGAGCUGGAGAUCUGUGUUCACUAAGCAGGGAGUACAUCAGUCCUCUGGAGGACCCUGUCUCCCCGUCCGCUACCUCACUGGACAAUGUGGAGGAUGUGUUCAUCCUGCCUCAGGCCUCCAGCUCACCCAGCGGAGACAACUCUUAUCUAGAAACAACUGAUGAGGUUGCAUGCGAUGAAUUGAGGAUAGAGGGUCCCAUUCAGCCAGGCUUUGGCAUCAGCAAUAGUACCACAAGGUUAGAUUCAAGAGCUGAAAAUAAGCAGCCUGUGCAUAAACGAAAGGCAGUGCUAGAGCCUUUGAUUGACUUGACAGAUGACGUUUGUGUGUCAGAUGUUUCAGAAAACAAACUCAAGACUGUCAUUCCUCACAUGAAUGGGAAGGCAAAGGCAAAAGAGAGAACUUUAAAAGAAAAGAAACUGCCAGUGCGGUCCGGCAGAGGGACGCGGUUAGAGGCUAUAGUAAUGAACAUAAACUCCAGCAGGUAUAAAGUGUCAGGAUGCAUACGCACCAAAAAGAAAGCAAAUGCUUCCCAAUCGACAGCUAGUGAUUCUAAGUUAGCCAGUCCUAAGAGGAAUGACAUCCUGUCAGUAGGGAAAAGGAAAAGCAGAGCAAAAGCACCUUUCUCAGUGAAAACAAUGAAACAAAAAGCAGGAACUUCAAUAAAAAGAGGUAAAACUAAUAACAUUAACACUGAUAGUUGCAAAGACUCUACCUCUGAUUUAGAACUCAAUCAUUCUGAAAAAUCUAAUGGCAGCACACCGCCAAACAGCUCUCAGUUUGCUGUGCACAAGGAGUCAAAGAAGGAGCCAGAGGAUGUUUCACACCCUACACACUCAGCGCAGACUAGCCCUGUGAAGUCAAAGAGGAAACCCUCAUCACAGUCGAGUCCUCAGUUUGAUCUCCACAGAAACUCAAAGGAGCCAGAGCAUCUUUCUCCCCCUGACCCUUCAGGGGAAAUUCAUAUGGCAACAUUUUCCCCACCACCAUCAACAUCUCCAAAGAAAAGCCAAGGCAAAGCGAAAGGCAAGGCUACAGGUAACAAAACAUGUCCCCCUGCCAAGACUAAGGGGUCUCGCACUCCCAAGAGGAGGCAAAAGAAACAACAAUGGAUCCAGUCUUCUUCCAUGUUCUCCCCCAAAGAGCCAGAGAUCAGGUUGAAGUAUGUCAACUUCAAGGAGGAGAAAAGGCACUUUAGGUUGGACAGUUUCUCUCCAUUCAUCCGCGUGGAGCAUCAGCAGUCAUCGUCAUCACUGUACACUGUAAUCAACUACCCCGAGGAGGUCAGGACACAACACAAGAAGGGCCAGCAGCAGCAGGCUCACCCCUGUGGCUUCAUUUCUGCAGUUGUACCCAGCACUUCCUGUCUGCAGCUGGGCCGGGCAUCCAUGCACAGCCAGCACCAGCGCGCUCUCGUCUGCUGCCUGUGUCGGCAGCCAGCCAACGCCAUGGACUUGGGGGACCUCCACGGCCCCUAUUACCCUGAAGGGUACCGGCCAGGCAUCAAAAGACCAGCCAGCAUGUCGGACCACAAAGAGGACGGGGACGACAACAGCGAUUCAGACUCUUCUUCCUGCAUCGUUAGAGGCAGGGGGAGGAAGCGUGCCAUUACACCCACAUCACGACCUCUCAGGCCAGGAGCCAAGCUGAAGCAGCAGGGUCUCCUAGAGAGCCACCGGUGGACAGCUGACAAUACUGGCAGCCCUGCAGCUAAGCGGGCUCGGUCAGACGCUGGCUCUGCUGAUGUGGAGGACUGGUACAGCCCCCCUGUGCUUCCCCUGGAGCCCUGUGAAUACUGGCUCCACGAAGACUGUGGCAUCUGGUCCGCAGGUGUGUUCCUUGUUAAGGGCAAAGUCUACGGACUGGAGGAGGCUGUCAAGGUGGCCCAGGAGACGAUGUGUUCAGCGUGCAGUGACCCGGGUGCUACACUGGGCUGCUUCUGUAAAGGCUGUCCCACCAAGUACCACUACAGAUGUGCUCUGCAGUCAGAUGGUGUACUCAUCGAAGAAAAUUUUUCCAUGAAGUGUAAAAAGCACAAGAACAAGAGAUUCAGAGCCCCUCCAGGGAACCAAUGGGAUGACAGGUGACAAAGUUAGCAGAAACCUCACGAGACAUUCACACACAACAUCCUGCAGGGCCUCUCCUUCCCGUUCUGCUGGUAACCACGGUAACUGUGGACCAGGGUUCUUCUGACUGACAGCUAGCACCCGAAAACCUUAACUUCACCCUCUGCUCUGCAACUGCACUGUUAACCCCCGACACUGACGCCGGAGGCGCCCGGUCACCAAAACCUCCAGAGUUCAGUCUGACGGGGACACGGACACAUACACUCACAUACAGUAACGUGCUGAAUUUGUCAUUUGUGUUAUUACUCUAGUUAUUUAUAUGGGUUUUCUGUUCCUGGAGUAAAUAUGAAUAACAAUCAAAGAUAUUUAAUUUUUUAAAGAUUUUUUUAAGUAUUUCAUUAUAUCUGGUUUAUUUAUUUCUGGACUUUUCUUAAGCAGUUGUCAAAGAGGUUUGAUUGUGUGUUUUUAAAUUAAAUUAUUGGUUAAGUAGUUUAAUGUUGAAAUAUCAAGCCAGUCAAGGAGAUGCUGGUCGGUCAAGAUAUGACGCUUGCAGAACAAGGUACCUGAUUGGACGCUGUCGACACAACAGGGUUCUGUUAAACAGAACAGCUUUUGGGAUCGUAGCACAUGGCGUUACGUUUGGUUCCACAAAGAGCUGUGCCCUGAAGCAAGUCUCUCAUACACCCCAACAACACUUGCACUAAAUGCUGGGCCCAGUUGAUGUUGACGAGGGGACUGAACAGUUUGUGUUUGAAUGUAUUCUCAUGGAGGGUUUUUGCAGGAAGCACUUUGGAGUGACACUGAACAUGUCUGGUCUCUUCCCACCCCACACCCCAUCAUUUGAUUCAGGCUCACUCGUGUGCCUCUUAGAGGUCCACAGGUCUUCCAACCAUCAGGGUGAGACCUUGUUUUUAGAGAUUGUUUUUGACUCACAGCACUUUGGCCUCCCACUUCAGGCUGGGAGAAUAUCAAUGUGCCCUUAAAUCAGUUUGUAUCUUAAUGAAAUUUCAACAUGAUUUUGUUGAGAGCCCUCUAAGGGGAUCAUAAAUUAAAGCAAGCUUAGAUUUGUUCCUGGAAGUAAAGGGAUUCCUCUCAAUGCAAGCCAUCUGCUGUUUACUUGGAUUUCUCCCCAGAGCUGCAAAAAAUUCAGUUUAAUUUUCUGAUUUUUGCAGCACAGUAUUCAAAACAAUUUUGGAGUACCUCAACAAACCCUCUUUUGGGAUAAAAAAGACCUCUCGGCUUCACCUGUGUCACUUAAGUUUAAGAAGGAUGUGUGUUUGCAGAUUUCUAUGCUGACCUUGAGAGUCUUUGGUUUACAUCUAUCUUAAUUUCAAUAGAAAUGGCCAUGCUAGUAUAAAGAUUCCUCUACUACUCGACUUCUGCAAUUUCAUUUCUUGACUUGGGCCUAAAUGGUGAAUUUCCACCUGAACCUUUUCUUAAAAAGCCUUAUCUGACGUAUAAGACGUAUAGUUUUUCUUAUUCUCACUAGCUUGUGGUGCAAUGACAAAUCAGUGGAUGUAUAUUACCUUUAUUUGGACAUCUUGAUGACAGAAGGCAGCUUGCAUGCAUUUUCUGCUGCAGACUUUAUUGUUAUUGAUACCAGGGGCAUGGUAGGCUAAUUCCCAAUGAACCCGUCGACCUGUUUGAAUCUCUGUACUGAGAUUAGUAUUUGUACUAGUUGAAUCGGGUGCUGAGGUCAUGGCUUUGGCCUGUGAGCCAGCCUGUUUGUUUCAGAGAGAAGUCUAUAUGUGACCAGUGUUGGUAUAACAACUAUGUACUUCUGCAUAGCACCACUAGGGGCAGCGCCGUGCUGUCGAGACCAGUGUGUGUGAGGUCCAUUACAGCCAUGGCUUCAUGUUAACGGAUCGCCACACAGAGGCAGCCGAAGGCUUCGUCUGGAAACAACACACACGCACACACACACACACACACAUCCCAAUCUCUUUAUCCUGCAACACCACCUAUCUAUUUAAUUUGUGCCAUCCUUAUGUUUCGUGUAUUUUAUAUUUUGUUGAGGUGAAAUUUUCACUGCAAUUGUUUUUCAAUUACAGGCAAAUGUUUGCAUUGUACCAAAUACAGAUUUUGAAAUAUGUUUUACAAAAUGUUUGGAUUAAAAAAAGUUAUUGUCCACGUGUUAAUCUCAGGGCUGAAUCUCAGAUAAUCUAUUGAUUUGAAUUUUAGUUUUGUGAUUUUUCUUUGCUGUUUUUUGGGCUCAUUGUGUUGACCCCACAUUGAGAGCAAUGAUACCUGUAGCAGGAUGUUAACUCCUCAGAUGCAAAGCCGUCUGUCCUGGUACACACUACUCAUCACAUUCCAACGCCUCCUCCAUGUGUCUGUCAGUGCUGUGGUGUUUUUAGGUUAAACAUGGGACUAGGACUGCCAACUCAUGUCACUUUUUUCAUGCUUUUUAUUUUAUGGCAACUUUUUGUAUCGUCUUUCUCACCUCUUGGAACGUUAGAGGUCAUGUAAUUGUCAAAAAUAAAUAUUUUGUUCAACGUU